AUGCUGACUCUUUCUUUUUUUUAAUAAAAUUUAUAAUUUAGAUUUUUUGUUAAAAUUGAUAUUAUCAAUAAUUGCUAUUGGAAAAGUAAGGCAGCUCUUUAGAAAUUUUUCAAGUAAAAUCCCAGGAUUUGCCACAGGCGCUGGAACAGAACAGUAUUCAUUUAGAAACCAAAAAGUUGUUGAGUCUCAUUGGAGAACAUCAUAUCAAGGUUUAGUCCACUCAAGCUUAGGAAUCGGCACUUAUAUGGGCGCUCCAGAUGAUGAGACUGACCAGCUCGUAAAAGAUGCGAUCGUUCAAAGUGUGACAAGUGGCACAGUAAAUGUCAUUGACACAGCAAUAAAUUAUAGAUACCAAAAAGCAGAAAGAGCUGUCGGCAAGGCCAUUUCUCACUUAAUCCAAGAAAACUUCAAAAGAGAAGAGCUUUUUGUUGCCUCAAAAAUCGGCUAUAUCCCAGAAGACGCUGACAAUGGAAUCCCAGGCCAAGCUGUUAUCGAAGACCUAAAAACCAAAAACUUGCUCACAAAUGACGAUGUGGUUGGAGGAAUUCAUUGCAUGCACCCAGCAUUUUUAGAAGACCAGCUUGAAAGAAGUCUCAAUAAUUUAGGCCUUGAAACUCUUGAUCUGCUAUACAUUCACAAUGCUGCUGAAUCUCAAUUGCCAUUAAUCCAUGAAGAAAAAUUUUUAGAAAGACUAGCAAAAGCAUUCGAAUUUUGUGAGAAAAAAAGACAAGAUGGAAAAAUCGUCAGCUAUGGAAUGGCAUCAUGAAUUUGUUUCAGAUCUCCUCCUACAGAAAAAGAUUUGCAUGUUUCUCUUGAACAAAUAGUACAAAUGGCUGAACGAGUUGGAGGAAAUGACCAUGGGUUUAGAUACAUCCAAGUUCCUAUUAAUAUCGCAAUGCCUGAAGCAUUUGUAUACAGAUGGCAAAUGAUUGAAGGUAGCGAGCAUAUUUUGCUUAUUCUCUCUCAAUGAACAAAAAAAUAGAGGUAAAUUUUAAAUUUAUAGUUUAAUUUUGAGAUUAAAAAUCAAAAUUUUCAAAUUUUCAUUUAUUGGAAAUAUGUCAAUAAUUUUUAAAAGCAAUUCUAUAUAAAUUUUUGAUAGUUUGCUGACUUAUGGGGGGAGAAGUUAAUGUUGCUAAAAAACUGAGAAUUAAUAUCAUGGUAAGCUCACCCCUUUUACAAGGUAAAAUCUUAGAACUGAAGCUGUCAAGAAGUAUGCUUGGAAUUGAGCUGCAAGCUGCAAAGCACGUACAAUUAAUCCGAUCAAUACCUUCAGAAUCAAUCAAAUCAGUUCUUAUAGGCAUGAAAACCCCCAGAAACGUUACCAUGAACACACAAAUAGGUUUUGUUGAAAGCUUGAACAGAGAAGAGUUCUGGCACAUAUUGAAACCUGAAGGCAAAGAAGAUGCCCCAGUCACAAUUGAUUUAUGGUAA